AUGGGUGCAUUCAGCGAAUCACCAGCGGGUAAUUGUAAACGAGAGGGAAAAUUAAUUUGCUCGAUUUCAGUGAGCACCGUCAGCACGCGAAGGUUCAGCCGAGCGGGAACCCCAUCUUCCAUCCUGUCUUCAGACAGUGACAUAAGAUUCACCAGGAAGCUCGGGGGCCAGUACCGAUGCGGAUGCUGCGUCCUUGCUGCUUUCCUCCUAUUUUUACUUUUUUCUGGGGUCUCCAUCUACCUCGGGUAUCAUCUCCUGACGUCAGAUCCUCCGGGGGACCAGGUAUUCUUGGCGUCUUUCCGAGUAGUAGACGGUGACUCCUUCACAAUAGACCUCGCUGACCCAUCGACUGAGGCCUUCCGGAUCAGAGCUAGGGAGUAUCGUGAUAGAAUUAAUCUUGCUUUCCGUAGGAGCAAUCUCAGAAUUUCCUUCAUCGCUUCUGAAGUUCUUGCGCUCGAUGGAGUGGAAAACAGUGACCUGGUGGUACACUUAGAAUUACGCUUCGACCCGCGUUACCAGACGUUAAAAGUUCCAGACAUAGUUCAGGUUUUGUCCAAAGAGAUAAAUUCAACAACAGCCCGGUACUUGGUGAAUUUAACUAUCGACCCAAAGAGUUUAGAAGUCCAAGAAAACCUCGCGGCUCUCAAUGCUCAAGUGGCUAUAUCAACGACAGUCACAACUCCUAUGACAACGACAGCAACCCCGCCACCCAGGAGUUGCAGUCCUUUGGAACUCACUUACUGCAAGCAUCUUUCAUACAACAUCACUUCUUAUCCGAAUAUCUUCGGGCAUCAAUCUCUUGUCGAAGUGGAAGAAGACGUGAUUGCCUUUAGGGAACUCGUUGACGCCGAGUGCUACAGACUGGCUUACGAUUUUGUGUGUCAAGUAUUGCAGCCAGCGUGUGUGGAAGGAACACCCGAGGCGACUAUUAAACUUCCCUGUCGAAGUUUUUGCCGGGAAUUUUGGUCUGGAUGUGGUAAUCGAUUGCCAGAUAGGAUUAAGAACGCUCUAGAUUGCUCAAACUUCCCGGAAUACGCGGAUGAAGGAAGUUGCAAGCCCAAGCCAGGUUGCGUGAGAGAUUUGCAGAAUAAAGCGUUGUCACCUCGGAUCUGUGAUGGGAUAGUCGACUGCCCAGAUUUAUCUGAUGAAAAAAACUGCGCGUACUGCCAGGAAGAUCACAUGCAUUGCGGAAUCGGAAGAACCUGUAUUCCGACUUCCAAGAGAUGUGACGGCAAAGCUGACUGCCCUAAUGGAUUAGAUGAAAAAGAUUGCUUAUUUUUGGCGCAAAGCGUCAGCUCGGUUAAAAACCAGCCAAUAGACACACCUCUGUCUGUGAAAUACACCCACGAAGGCUAUGUGAUAUUCAACGAAAAAGGAACUGUUGGAAAACUUUGUAUCGAAAAUCUCAAUGCAACUCUUCCCCAAACGGAAAUGGAUACAGUACUUCAAACAGCAGCAGCUUCUUUGUGCACUCUUUUGACUUAUAAUGGAAUGAGCUCGGUUGAAAUGAGGAUUGACGACGAGGAAGACGUCGAAUAUGUGCACAUGGAGGAUCCUUUGGCUUCUGAAAUAUCUUUCGUACGAGCCCCUUGUCCAAGUAAACAAGUUAUGUACGUUCGUUGUGCAGAACUAGAAUGUGGAAUACAAGCUCUGAAAACUAAAACGGGCACCAAAGUACUCAAUAAAAUAGCAGAACCCGGAGACUGGCCGUGGCAUGUCGCGCUAUUCAAAGAAGACACUCACGUUUGUGAUGCUACGCUUGUAUCUUCAAACUGGCUGUUAACCACCGCGUCUUGCUUCCAAGGACAACCUAAGGCCGAAUGGUCUGCAAGGCUGGGCACCGUUCGACUGUCCAGUACGUCGCCCUGGCAGCAGGAGAGAAGAAUAGUCGGGAUGGUAAAAUCGCCCGUGGAAGGCAGCACGAUUGUUCUUUUAAAAUUAGACAAACCUGUGAUCGUGUAUUCAGACCUUGUACGGCCUAUUUGCCUGCCGUCCAGCCAGGAAUUUAUGCAACUCAACACUUCGCACUGCAACACGCUGGGAUGGGCGAGAAAUCGAGAUUUACUUCAGCGUGUUCAACUUAAAUACAGUGCGAUGGAAAAAUGCGAAAAUAUCAGCAUCGCUUCUGUAAAUGGAAUAUGUACGGACGCUGUUUACUCAACAGAUGACUGCAAUGAAGAAGAACUAGCAGGUACUCCAAUGAUUUGUCUGCUACCUGACGAACGGAGAUGGGCUUUAGCUGGAGUCAGUAGUUGGAGAAUUGCCUGCUCGAAGGCUGCGAUCGAGAGACCUAGACUCUACGACAAAGUUUCUUCAAAUAUCGCAUGGAUAAAGUCAACGAUCGCUUAA